GAAACGUGCCGCGAGCUUUAAUCUUUAUCUUCACGAUAAAGUUCUGUCCGUAUAAAACAGAAUGCCAUUUGAAAGACUUUGGAACUUCUUUAAACGUCACAGGAGGAAAAUCCUCUAUAGCGGGGUACUGAUCGGAGGCACCUACCUGACUUUCCAGUAUUUCAAGAAGAAGCUCCAUGAGUUCCAGGAGAAGGAAGCAGCAGAGUGCAUCGAUCUGGCGAGGCGCCAGCAUCAUUUUGACAGCAAUCAGAGAACGUGCAAUAUGACUGUGCUGUCAAUGUUGCCAAAUCUACGAGAGUCUCUGAGACGCUCCAUGGAUACAGAAAAGAUCAAGGCCAGCAUAGAAUCACAGACGGGUAAUAAGUUGGAUCUGUGGGAGGAACUCAAAGUCAUGUCAUUUUCCCGCAGUAUUACAGCUGCGUACAGCUCCUCCAUUCUGGUUGUAUUGUUACGAGUCCAGCUCAACAUCAUGGGAGGCUACUUGUACCUGGAUAACUUUCUACACAGAGUUGACCAGGUGGAGUCAGAUGUCCGCGUGUUAAUACCCUCCAUCACACAGGAGAAAUACCUGUCUCUGAUACAGUUCUUCAUCACAAAAGGUGUGGAUGAACUCAGUAUGGCCGUGCAUGCUGCGGUCAAGUCUACAGUUGGCAGCGUGUCUCUGAAGGAGAAACUUUCCCUGGGUGAUGUCCAAAACUACUUAGAGAAAAUUCGAAUGAAACUGGAGUGUGGUGUUGUUCAGGGUUCAAGUACCAUCCCCACCUCCCCACUUUGUCACUUCAUGCUGCCCCCAGAACAAGUACAGGACUUUAGUGCAGACAGCCUGCCAGAAGAAGUUGUGUAUGAAGAACUGUUAGCACAGACCAGGGAUAUGAUUGACAGUGAAGAUUUCCAUUCAGUGUUACAAGUGUGCGUGAACAAGGCCUUUGCUCGUUUCAUGGACUUUCUAAUGGAGGGCUAUCGAGCGUUUCUGUCCACAGUCACUGGAGAAGCAUCAGGGUCCAAAAGUAUCCACGACAACAAAGUUCCCUUGGCUAAGCUGAUCCCCGUGGUCAAUGGGAUAAUGGUCAGGCUGUGUGGGGAUUCCCCUAAUCCAUUCAUACAGGAGUUGCUGGUAAUGGAGCCACUAAGGGACCUGGCAGCCAAUGUCUACGAAGCUUUCAGUCAACAGGAUGAGAGUUGUCACAGGCUGGGACUCACUCGCUGAUUUGAUCAAUCUGUUGUCGUGACAACACAUGUAAAUGGAGCUGAGAAAUAUUUUAUUACAUCUUAUUGGGGAAAUCCGCUACUAUAACAACAGAUUUGAUUGGCACUGUGGCAUUUACUUAUACAACACAUGAUUGGAGAAUUGCUGUUAUAACAAGACAUUUUGAAUGUUACAUCUGAUUGGAGAAAUCUUCUAAUGUGACAACAGAUUUGAUUGGUGCUGUAGCAACACAUCCAGUAUGCAGGUACAUGUUAGAUUUUGUUGUAUUUUAUUUGAAUGGACCAAUGGAACAGAGGUCCAAUAAAAAACAUACUUUUGGUCGGAUCAUGAUUUUCUGGAUGGUAUUGUCUUAAUUAUUAAAAAACUUUUAACUGGAGGAAUCCUCAACUGUCCUGACCAAUGAAUGCGCAAUUCCCUGAUCGUAGUGAAUAGGAUGUUUGAUGAUACCAGAUAUGCAAGAUUUUGAAUUUCCUAAAUUUGGUGGCAAAAAAAAUCCCACUGCAAAAAGAAAUCACCACACUAUUGUUAAACCCUUACUAUUGUCUUACUGGCAAUUAUUUUGUAUGGAUACAGGAAAUAUUGUUAUUAGUAUCUUUCCAAAGCAUACUGGGAAAUUAAUAUCUGGCAUGUUUGGUAUAUAAACUUAUCCUAUGUUAGUUUCUAAGGGAAAGAAGUUCUUGAGGGUUUAAUACUAGGUUCAGAAUGAACUGAAUAUCUCUAAACAUUAUCUAUGGUGCUAUUAUUGGAGAGGUCAGAUACAUAAUACUGUAUUUU